CUAGGUAUCAAAGAUAAGGUAUAAAUAGUUUUAUUUUCGAGUGAUAUGAUAGGAAAUAGACUAGAAAUGCUACUUUUAAAAGAAUAAUGUUUGUGAAUACAGUAAACAGAACGAUCGGUUUGUUUUUGUAUUUGUUUAUAUAACUACAGAUAAAAUGAAUGACCAACUGGAACUAUUGUUUAAUAAAAUGAAACUUGAAAUGCAAAACCAGAAAAAUCAUGUGGAACAUUUUAUAACGAAUGCUGUAGCAGUAAAAAUAGAAGAAAAAGUCAGUGAUUUUAUAGACCAAAAUACAAGUUAUGCGUCGAAAGUUCAGGAAACGAAUCUAAGUCGAAUAUAUCAAAACACAGACAUGCUCGAUGAAAGAAACAUGAAUAAAAUGGACAAUACUACUUUGAUGGAUAAUAAAAAUAUUGUAGUUUUUCAAAAGGACAUUAUUCAUUCUAAUGAUAAUAUAGUCGAAGAAAUUAAUACAGAAGAAAUAAAAGACAUCAAUGACAAUAAUAGUCCUACAUCUUCAUUCUCUUCUAAACAGAAUGUCAGCAGACGAAGGCACAGGAAUACACGUCAAAGUCAAGGAACAAUAAAAUACAUGAAGCCAGAUCCAUCAGUUAAUAAAGUAUUUCGUGAGAAGAGAAAAAUUGAUUUUUAUUCAAAGGAUAGGACAGAAACAAUGGUCUUACAUAUAGAUUUAGAAAAAUUCAAAGAAGUGAUUAAAUACGCAUUUGUUCGUCCAGAACCUGAACACUCUUUGUUUACUCCUUGAUUAAUUUUUAUUUUAUGAGUAUUCAUUGCCUAUUGUAAAAUAUAUUAGUAAUAUGAAAAUGUUAUGGUAUAUGGUCUUCAUAUCAGUGUAAAUUAUCGUGUGUAAUAUGUUUUUAUUAAAAUAUUUUUUUAUUAAUUACAUAUAAUUUAUAUAUGUAUUUAUUUAUAGUAAGUUUAAAUAUAUUAAUCACAAUUUUC